AUGUGCUAUACAGACGAGAUAUCCAACACGUCGAUAAACGGCUGUCCUGGGGCACCGACUAAUCUUUCGUCCAACAAUGACAUAACCGAGAACUUCUCAGUCUGGCCGACCAGCAUCAACCUGUUUACAAGUGGAAAGGUAUCCUCCACCGUUGCCAGCUUGUUUGACAUCCAAUGGCGGACAUUUCGCUCGUCGCGGCAGCCUUCUGGUUACUACGGGCCGAUCGGGAACCCGUUCUCUGAGGGUUACUAUCGACCAAUCUCACAACUGAUCCUCGAGAACGACCUGCAAGCAGUAGAAGGACUGAUUGUGGACAGUAAAGCAGGUCGCGUGGGCUUUCGCAAUCAUACAGUACCAGUCGACGCUCUGGAUGGCGCGGGCUGGAAAGAAGAUAUCUUGUUUAUUGAACCUGAGGCACAGUGCGUGAACACCAACUUGACCCUGGAUUAUUCGUAUCGGGCAAAUGAGACGGGUUCGGGUGAAUUGAGUGAUCGAGUGUUAGUGGACCACGGUGGCUUCGCCAACCUCCCCCAUAUAAGACCUACUGUCGAUCCAAGCAACUUCCAGGCAGAUCCGGCGCUGCGUAGCCGAGCAUACAGAGCGGCUUGGAGUCAUAACAUGUUCCUGAUGCAGUAUUUCAAUGUAACAACGAACGGCUCAGAUGGUUUAGCGCCAUUUGCAUACAUGAACUCAAGGGUCGGACAAAGCUUUCCUCUGCCCAAUGAAUCCGGCUUCCUAGGAACUGCCAUCAUGCAGACGAAUGGAGAUUAUGGCGAUUUGAUCAGUACACCCGACCAGCGCGUGCCGGACACGCCAGGGCCGAAUCCUUUCAAUAUUACCGCGGCCGAUGGCUUCAACAUCGGCUCCGAAGCCUGCCAUUACCCUUCGUUUUUUGCCCGAUCCAACAUGUCCUUUGUGGCUAUCGCGUGUGGGCUUGUGUAUGCUGCCCCGAAGAGGACGGACGGGGGGAACUCCCUGUUCGUAGACUCCAACAGUAAGUGGAGUAUUCCGAUCUACUCCUGCGCAGUUGGGGCCAAAGCAGUCAUCCGCGAAGUUCAGUUCCAAUACAACGGAACCGGGGGCUUGGAGGAACUCGUUAUUCAAAGCAUCAAUGAAAAGGCGUAUUUGAGCCCUUCAGAGAUGCCGCUCUGGGGCGUCGAACGAGCUCAGAAUUACACACUGUACAACUUGCAGCCGCUCUGGGGGAUCGUGUCCUCCGAACUAGCCACUCGCGAUGACAUCUCUGUAGUCCGACGGGACCAUCUCUGGCUUCCCGGGUACCCCGACCCUUCAAUCGCCGUACCGGUUACCGGGAAAAAAGAGCCCAACAUGCCAGGGAACUUAUUCUACACGCGAGCACUACAGGAUCUUUUCCACAUCAGUGCAAGCCUGAAUGAAAUCAUGAGCGCAUACACUGGCGACAUGGAUUUGGCUCUCUACGCUCGAUGGCUCGAGCUGUCCACCUCCCCGGAAGGCAUCGCAAAAUCGCUCGACCUUAUCUGGACCGACCUGGCCGCCAACUCCGUCAUAGGCACCCGGGGCUGGCACAGCGGUCCCCGGCCUCCGUUGAAUUGGAACGGUGUGCCCCAACGCGAUGAGACAAUACCCACACCCCGUGUACCGGUCGUGCUGUGGUCGAGGAGGAUCCGGUAUCAUCUUCCCUACGCUAUCCCGGCAUUUCUCACACUGACUGCGCUUCUUUUCCUCGGCGGAUCGGCCUUCUUCUUUCUGAUCGCUCGCCGCACAGGUCUCGCACAGCUGCGUCAGUCUCUUGCAAUCACCUCGCCAGGCAGGAUACUCGGGCUUUCACAGGGUCUAGAUCGUGAAGGCCAUGAAUGUCAUCUCGCGUCGACGCAGACCUGGAUCCGGCAGAUCGGCGUGCAGCGAGUCAAUUUGCCGGCUCUGAUGGCUCGUCAGAGUGUCCCGUUGCGGCCGGUCGUCACCUCGUCAUCAGCGCUCCUCUCUGGAGAAAGAGACACGCCUGCGAAGGUGCGGAGUGGCCAGGGGUCGGAUUAA